GGCCGGAGCCGUAUGAUCUUAUCAACAUAGUUUGGAGCGGUAUCCAAACACUGAGAAAGCCUCUGGUGCAGCAAUGACUGUCGUAGAGGAAAAUCGCCCUUUUGCCCAACAAUUAUCCAAUGUCUACUUUACGAUACUUUCACUUUUCUGUUUUAAGCUGUUUGUGAAAAUCAGCCUCGCAAUACUCAGUCACUUCUACAUUGUAAAAGGGAACAAAAAGGAGGCUGCAAGGAUAGCUGCUGAGUUUUAUGGAAUUCCUCAAGGACAAGGUUCUUGGGCUGAUCGCUCACCACUGCAUGAAGCAGCAAGUCAGGGACGUCUCCUUUCACUAAAAACUUUAAUUGCACAGGGUUACAAUGUAGAUGCUCUAACAAUUGAUCAAGUGACUCCACUGCAUGAAGCGUGCCUAGGAGACCAUGUUGGGUGUGCUAGAAUCCUCCUUGAGGCAGGAGCAAAUGUAAAUGCUACAACAAUUGAUGGAAUGACCCCCCUGUUCAAUGCAUGUUCAAGAGGGAGUGCAUCUUGUGUGGAGCUUCUCUUGGAAUAUGGUGCCAAAGCUCAGUGGGAGACAUGCCUUCCCUCUCCAACUCAUGAAGCAGCCAGCAGAGGUCACAGUGACUGCCUAGAGCUGCUAAUCUCUCGGGGUAUAGAUGUUGACCAAGACAUUCCUCACCUGGGAACACCUUUAUAUGUAGCUUGUAUUUCACAGCAGAAACAAUGUGUUCACAAGCUUCUGCAUGCAGGUGCAAAUGUGCAAAAAGGAAAAUUUCUGGAAACUCCACUACAUGCGGCUGCCAGGCAAUCUAGUACAGAAAUAGUAAACAUUCUACUUGAGUUUGGAGCAGAUAUCAGUGCCAAAAAUUCAGAGUUUGAACGACCUGUAGAUGUAGCUUCUCCACGCAGCUUGGUGGAAAGAGUAUUGCUUCUACAUGAAGCUACCCCAUGUUCCCUUUGCCAGCUGUGCAGACUACGUAUCCGAAACUAUAUCGGGAGAGCCAGAUUAAACCUUGUGCCACAACUCCAGUUGCCAACCAUAUUGAAAGACUUCUUGCAGUAUAGAUAAAGUAGCAAGUUGUUUUGAGAGACUUGAUAAACAAGUGUUGUAUUGUAUGUUGCACAUAAAAAUCUGUUGGGAUGAGGAAGAUAUCAUAAAUAGACUUUUACAUACAUACUAACAUGUGUCUUUCAUAGCAACAUGAAAUGAUCAUGAUGCAGCAAAUAUUUCAAAGUUUUCUUGAGCAGCCCAGUGACAAGAUGCUUAUAUAAAUUAAUAAAACAUAAUUUGUUCAUUCUCUGAAAAUAUUAGCAAAGGCAAAAUAAUAAGGUUCAUUGCUAAAUUCUGGGACACAGGUCAGACAGCUGUCUUGGUAUCUUGUGGCCAAAUAAGAUGCAACACUCAGGAUCCAUCUCUCCCUUAUGCCAUUUCAGUUGCUGAAAAUGGUUCUCCCAGGCUGCUUUUAGUCACAAUUAAGAAAAACACAAACACCUUCCCAAUCAGCAGAAUGGCCUGGGAGAAAGAGUUCAGCAUCCCCCUGCCUCUGAUCCACACUGGGCCCCCACCAUAACUCCUUUGGAUGGCUCAGUUUCACUUCUGGGAAGCCCAGAUAUGGAUAUACAACAUCAUGUCUGUUUUAACCCUUAGAACAGGGCUUGACACAUCCCCGGGGGGUAAAGGUGCCAUGUAGCACCUAGUAUUUUCAGCAGUCCUUUAUUGUCUCUGGGCCACUCAGCAGAAGUAGAAAGCUUACUUAGGUGUAAGGAAAAAGUUAGUUUUUUGUUGUGAUGAUAACCAGGGUUAUAUUUAUUUAUAUAUUACAACACUUUUGUUAUAGCUUUUAAAGAUGAAAAGGAACUGUAAAGAGUUUAGGAUUAGGUUUUGUGGUAGCAAUAAUUAGAACAAGUGGAUGGCCUGCGAGACUUGGGGGGGGAUCCCAUAUCCCCCUCAUCACUGAGACAUUGAGGUUCCAGGCCCCACAACCAAUCACUGAGCCUGGAAGCCGGCGUCUGCCACUGCCAUGCCCAGGCCUGCGGCGGCACCUACUGCCACGGCAGCACCCAGCAGUGGCCAAUGUCUGCUGCCGCCACGCCCAGGCCUGGAGCAGCUGCUGGCAUCUGCUACUGCAGUGCUCAAACCCAGAGCAGCUGCUGGUGUCCUCCUCUGCUGCGGCAUCCAACACCACUGCUGAACUGUAGCAGCUCUGUAAGUGCAUUGUCUGCACAUGCACACAGAGAGUGAUUAAAAUGUGGGAU